AUGGGAUCCUAUGAGAGAGACAGCGACGUCGGGGAUCAGGCAGCCGGUAUGUCACCUACGCUAUUCGAGCGACGUAUGAGCGAUAACGGAUCAAGCACUCUCAGAAGAAUGUCCUCAACCACUUAUUCCACCGACGAAACAGCUCGUGGAAGCAGCAGUGGAAAUGAUCAGAAUGGUUUUGAGAAGUUUGUUCGUGAUCAACAAGAUAGCAUCACCGUUCAACCACCACACUUUAAACCUCUUAGUUCGAUCAAUGUGCUCAACGAGAAACUAGUGAAAAAUCUGCGUGGAAUGGAGUACGAAAAACUGCUUCCUCUGCAAGCGUAUUCUACACAGAUACUACUAUCAGGCUCACAUUUGCUAGUGCGUGCUCCAACCGGGAGUGGGAAGACGGCUGCUUUUUUGAUACCAGCCAUAGAGUAUGUAAUUAGAUAUAGCGAGUCUACCAAUUGGAGAACGAAAUUUCCUCUUGUUUUGAUUAUUGGAAAUACACAAAAUUUGAUGGAGCAGACAUUCAAAUUUGCUUGCGCAAUGGCUGGUUAUGACCCGGAUCGAGAAAUUUCUACAACCCAAGUAUGUGUAUUAGAUCUGUAUUCCGGCGGCUCCGGUUUCCAAAGAAUGAGAUCCAACAAGUCAAUGGAGCAGCAAAUAGUUAUUGCCACAUGUGGUGGAGUGCUUUUAGCAGUUGAGAAGCAAAAGUUAGAUCUUUCACAACUCAAACUACUCAUAAUUGAUGAAGCAGAUAAAAUGGUGGAUAUUUCACGUGGAUUUGGUUUUGACGUGCAAAAUAUUCUUUCGAAAAUUCCACAAGAAACAAAAGAACAACUUGUUGUCGCAGAGUUCUCAGCGACAUUCUUCUCGGAGGAUAACGAAAUACACAUUUCUGAUUUGGACAAAGAGCUUUUUCGAGGUGAGAUCCCCGCACUCAUAGAUAUUCCUGCCCCUAGAGGUUAUAUUACUCAGCGAGUGAUAGAGAAGGGCGAACGUGUACAAGGCUCGCCUGGAUGGGUACCUAAUUUUGAUAAGGAUCUUAGUUGGUUGGUUGGGUUACUUGAAGGUGAUUUGAAGAUGUAUGGUAUGAAGAAAGAAGGACCUUUCACAAAGUCAACAGUGAUAUUUGUGGAACGAAAAAUCACCUCGAAUUACUUAGCAAUAUUUUUCCAGCUGCUUGGCUACCGUAUGGAACCCUUGAACUCAGACUACACCACAACGGACAAUAGGAAUACACUUGCAAAAAUGGAGAAUGGUGAGAUUCAAGGAGUAGUAGCGACAAACAAGCUGGCUCGAGGACAAGAUAUUAAGGCAGUGGAUCAUGUCAUAAUUUAUGAGAUGGCGCAGAAUUUUGACGACUACACGCAUAGAAUUGGUCGCACUGGUAGGAUGGGAAAAGGCGGAAGAGCAACAGUGUUUUUCAGUGUCCUCAACGAUUACCCUCAUGUAGUACCAUUGUUUGAGUUCAUGUCCUACCACAAUCAAGUCAUUCCAAAAUGGCUCUUCGAUGAAUAUAAGAAGAUAAAACGCAUUGAAAGCCAAGAAGCGUCGGAUAGUUUUGUAUCGGCUACUUCGAAUGUGUCAUCUGAAGAAUCUGAUGAAGACAGUAAUGAGGAACUGAUUCAGAUUGAGAAUAAUCGAAAUGCUCUGGAUUGA